UUCUGAUCAAACUAAACGUAAACGUCAUGCAGCUCUCAAACGAACAUCACUGUUAUUAUUAUUAUUAUUAUCAUCAUCAUCAUCAUCAUAAUUAUCUACAUUAUCAUGAUUAUUAUUAUUAUUAAAGAGUAUCAGUGUAUCAAUUCAAGCAACACAAUAGCAACAAGCCAUACAUUUGUUUACAAUUAACUCAAACCAGUAGACAAUUAGCCAGUGUGAGACUUGCUGUGUACGUAUAUUAUAAAGCUGUGGAGUGUAAAAAAUAAUCUAUUGGGAAAUUGGGCAUAUAUGAUUAUUAAAAUAGUAGAUUUUCAGUUACGUUUACAGUGAUUCGUCAUCAGUAGUUAUUGGACAUCAGCAGAGUGGACAUCUGUGCAGCUAACUACGUGAUAAUGGGCUGCAACAUCUCGAAAAAAUUUGUCUAUUAAUCUUUGAACUCUAAUCCAAUAAAUAAAUAAAUAAUAAAUAAAAUUUUUUAAUAAUAUUUUUGACAAGUGACUCGGUUCAGUUAAAACUCAGAUAAAUUGAUUAUAAAAAUGAGCUCUCAACCAAUAAUGGUACCCGGAGGGGAAAAAAGUCAUCAUCAUGAAUCGCAAUCAUCAUCAGUUGGACAUUCUAAUGAUUUAAGAACAAUGACACCACCAACAAGCCGUUCUUUUAACAAUCCUUCAGGAGACGAGCGGAGACCCCGGCAGGGCAGCGUAAAUGCCCAGUCAGCUCAGUUGUCAAAGCUACCAUCAUCAGAAUCACUUACAGCUAAUGUUAAUAUUCCUGGUCCUCCGCUUUCACCAGGUUUAUCAGCGAUGGGGGAGAGUACUCUCAAAAUCGAUACCACCACCGACAAGGGAGAUGGAAAAUUAACGAGAAAAGAAUCGUACAAAGCACAGCGUAAAAAUUACCGAAUUGAAAAAAAACGUGUUGCAAAUGAAUUAUUGAGCUCAUUAAAAGAUCCGACAGUGGUUGUUAUGAGUGACUGGCUCAAAGUACGCGGUACUCUAAAAAGUUGGACUAAACUCUGGUGUAUACUCAAGCCAGGUUUAUUAUUACUUUAUAAAAGUCCAAAGAUAAAGAGCAGUCACUGGGUCGGAACGGUCUUAUUGAAUACGUGUCAAGUAAUUGAACGACCAAGUAAAAAAGAUGGAUUUUGUUUCAAGUUAUUUCAUCCACUUGAGCAAUCUAUUUGGGCACCACGGGGGCCUGAAAAAGAAGCUAUGAGAGCCGUAGUACAACCAUUGCCAACAUCUCAUUUAAUUUUUCGCGCACCAUCGCAGGCUGCUGGUAAAUGUUGGCUCGACGCUUUAGAAUUAUCUCUACGUUGCUCUUCGCUUAUCGUCAGAUCUACUAGUAUUUUGCCGCGUUCGCCGCAACACGAUGCAACUACAACACACGAGACUCAGUGGAGUGAAGCUGAUUAUGAGAAACACUUUGAUGACCACGAUUACAAACUGGACGAGUCUCUACAGAUAAAUUUAAGCCGCUACAUCCCCCCGACACCAACGACACCACAGAGACGAUUGUUGUCAUGUCCGCCAUCACAUUAUUCCCCGGGUAACAAAAGCCCCGCAUCCAAAAGCUUGUGCCCUUCGCCGACCCCGGUCUUUCAGCAACUUUGUCACGCAGUGGCUUAUUGGGAAAAGCACUUGAUCGGCAAGUCAACGCCGCCGUCAAUAGAUAAUAAAAAUUUAUCCGGUAGCUCUGACGGCGAGGGUUUAUUGUCUGAUAACGGUAGCUUGUACAGUAGAUACUUAUCACCCUCGUCGUCCCAUUUGUAUGGCUGUUGUUCACCCACCCGACGCAUGACCAUACCCUCGAUCCAUGUCCUAGAGUGUCAAGCCCGACGAGUAGUAACGCUAGAUCCUGUUCGUACCUUACAUACAGACCUGGACGAUAUCAGUCAACCGGAGAACGGCGUCGUUGCUGAUGCUGAAAUCAGCGGUACCGAUUCUGAUUCCGAGGGAUCUGUCAAGGAGGAAGAAAUCACUAUUUGCGAGACUCCGUAUCUUGCUAAUGAAAAUGAAUUUUUGGGAUCGGCUGGAGAAGUUGUCGCUGAGCUGCCGGAUGAACAAAAGUCACUUAUCUGGUUUCUUCUUAAGCAAGUGAGACCGGGUAUGGAUCUUUCAAAAGUAGUAUUACCGACUUUUAUCCUCGAGCCACGUUCUUUUUUGGAAAAACUUGCUGAUUCUUAUUAUCAUGCCGAUUUACUUUCACAGGCUGUACUGGAAGAUGAUGCAUUUACUCGUAUGAAAGGGGUAGUGAAAUGGUAUCUAUCUGGAUUUUACAAGAAGCCCCAAGGUCUUAAGAAACCAUACAAUCCACUGCUUGGUGAAACAUUUCGUUGUUAUUGGCAACAUCCCAAUGGCUCAAGAACAUUUUAUCUCGCUGAACAAAUAUCCCACCAUCCACCAAUUUCGGGAUUUUAUGUAACAAACCGGCAAGACGGUUUUACAAUAAGUUCAACGAUAAUAGCAAAGUCUAAAUUUUAUGGUAACUCAACGUCAGCUGUUUUGGAUGGUGCAGCUGUGCUUACGAUGCUUCCACGUGGCGAGGAUUACUCUAUGACUAUUCCCUAUGCUCACUGCAAGGGAAUAGUUAUGGGUACCUUGUCCAUGGAACUCGGCGGCAAAAUAAAUAUUAUUUGCGAAAAAACGGGUUACCAUACGGAGCUUGAAUUUAAAUUAAAGCCAUUUUUGGGUGGUGCUGAACAAAUGAACCAAGUGGUGGGUCGAAUAAAGCUCGGAAAAGAAACUUUGGGCACUAUAUCCGGUUACUGGGACGGACAAAUUAAUAUCGUUGACAAGAGAACUGGACAAGAAAGUGUUUUGUUUUCUUCGACUCCGGAAGUAAGAAGAUCACGUCUGAAGAAAUACACAGUCCCGAUAGAAUCCCAAAAUGAGUGGGAAAGCCAAAAAUUAUGGCUCGCAGUUACACAAGCCAUCAAUAAUGACGACCAGAUAGUAGCUACCGAAGCUAAGACGGCCUUGGAAGAGGCUCAGCGUGAACGUGCCAAAGAACGUAAACUAAAUAAUCUCGAAUGGAUUCCUAAAUAUUUUGUACAGGAUAUAAUAACAGGUAAUUGGAUCUAUCGACAUGCUGACAUUAGACCAUGGGAUCCACGAAAUGAUGUAGUUCAAUACGAACAAGAUUAUAUUGUACGCACAAAAACGCGCCACAAGACUCCGAUAAUGCGAACCGGAAGUAUUGUUUCAGCCGAUCCACAGUCUCAGAUGCCGUUAUUACAGGCGGAGUCGCGUUCCUCGUUAUCUGUACUCAAGUCAUCUAAGAGGCAGCUGUCUAAUAAUUUACCUUUGGCAGAAAAUCCUCAUGAUUCUGCAAGUUCCUCCGAAGCUAUUCAUUCUGAUUCGAGUCAGUCUGUUGGUAAAAGACGACGUUCUGCAGCUAGGAUGAUGCAUUCAUUAAAAGAAGUCGAGAGUCAAAUGGCUGAGCACGGAGAAAAAUUAAAUCGUAUUCAACGCUCAAUAGAACAAUUAGCUAUUCGACAGCGAACACAACGGGAACAAAAUUACAAUCCAAGUAUGAUUAAAAGUUGCGUAGACACUAUUGUUGUUAUUGCUAUCGUCUAUUUCGUGCAGUAUAUUAUGAAAUUUUUUAACCACACUAGUGACACCAAAGAUACAUGAUCCCCGAUGAAUCAAGAUCAACUUCAAGGUUCUUAAGCUAAUAAAUAAAUUUUGGGCUUCUUAUAUAAAAAUGAAAUAAUUAAAAUAUAUAUUAAAAUAAUUAAUAACGUGAUAUAGUUUAUUUAAUUAUAAUUAAAAUGACAAUGUACACUCUAAUCAGUCUUUGAACUUACGCACGACAUAUUUAUUAUUACAAUCAUAUAUUUCUUACUGUCUAUUUUUUUUUAGAUAAAAAUUUAAUUUGUACAUAUUAUUUGAUUUAUUAUUUUAUUUUAAAGAAAUCUCAUUAUAUAUUUAACGAUUAAGUUGUCAAUCAAAAUCAGGAAUUGCUGAAUAAUACAAUUAAUAUUAAUUUAUGCUUAUGUAAUUAUUAGUUUUUAUAUUAUGGGUUAUUGCAGUUUUAAUUGUUUAAUAUACAGAUAUAUUUAAAUAUAAAUAUAUUAUUAUAUAUUUAGACACUUGAAUCGUUUAUAUACUAACGAUAGUAAGCACUGAAUGAAAAUAUAUUUGUUAAUAAUAAAAUAUUAUUAAAUAUUUGUCGUUUAUAAGAAUUUAUAAGUAAAAUAUCGUUGUUAAAGCCUAUAAAUUUAAUUAAUCAUUGUUUUAUAUUGUUAAUUAUUAUUUUUUCUUGAUUAUUUGUUUUUUAUUUGACAAAAAUAAUAGGAAAGUUUCAAAUCAAGUCUAUUUAAAUCUCAAACUGUUUCAAUAACUAGAUAAUACAAUAUUUGAUAGAUUUUAUUGGCUUAUGUCGGAUUAUUAAAAAAAUUAUAAAGUUUUUUUUUUUUUUGUUUUUCAAUCAAAAUAGAUGUUACAACGAAAAUUGAACUAAAAAUUAAUAGGAAAUCCUGUAGCGCGUUUAUUAAAUUAUGGGAUUGCUUAUUAGACCAAACAUACGUGCAUUCCAACGUAUAACGUCCAAUCAUUAUAUAAAUUGAAUUAUUAAUAUUUGUUUGUAUAAUUUAAGAUUAAAAUUUAUUAUGUCAACAAUUGAA